GGAUUGUUCUGCUGGGAAAGAGUGAAGACAAGAGAUCAAAACUGUCCAACUUUAUUAUUGGAGAUGAAGCUUUUCAUUCACAAGCAUCAAACAAACACUGUGUGACAACAUCUGGAGAAUGGAGAGGAAAAUCUGUGUUAGUUCUUAAAACUCCAGACCUGUUUAAGAUGAGCGAUCAGAUGGUGAGAAGAGAGAUGAGCAGAUGCAGGAGUCUGAGUUUCCCUGGACCAAAUGUUCUGCUGCUGAUAGUGAAACCAUCUGACUUCAAACAAGAAGAUGCAGAAAAACUGACCUUCAUCCUGAGUUUGUUUGGUCAGAAUAGUUUCAAACACUCCAUGAUUGUCCUCACACACAAAGAAAAACAAACCAAUGUUCAAAAUCAGCUGCUGCAGAAGUGUGGAGGAAGACAGUACAACAUGUUUGAGGAAAAUCAUGGAUUAUUGAUGAAGAACAUUGAGAAGAUGAUGAGUGAAAACAAAGAAUCCUUCCUCACCUUCACUGAAGAGACCAGAGGACUACAGUGUGAACAGAUCAAACCAGAUUUAAACCUGGUUCUGUGUGGGAGGAGAGGAGCAGGGAAGACUUCAGCAGUCAAGGAGAUUCUAGGUCUGUCAGAGCUGCAGUCAGUCAGCUCACAGCAGAGUAUUAGAAACCAGGCAGAGGUUAGUGGACGUUGGGUUUCCGUGGUGGAGCUGCCCGCCUUGUCUGAAAAACCCCAGAAGGAAGUGAUGCAGGAAUCCUUCAGGAGCGUCUCUCUCUGUGACCCUGAGGGCGUCCACGCCUUCAUCCUGGUUCUUCCUGUGGAUCCACUCACUGAUGAAGACAAGGGAGAACUGCAGAUCAUCCAGAAGACAUUUGGCUCUCAGGUCAAAGACUUCACCAGGAUCCUGUUCACUGUGGACUCAGAUCCCAAAGAUCCAAAGGUUGUUCACUUUGAAGAACAAGAUUUUGACAUUCAGAAAUUCUGUCAGAGCUUUGGAGGAAGAUACAACAUUCUGAACAUCAGGAACAAACAGCAGAUCUCAGAGCUGCUGGAGAAGAUUCAGGUGGAAAACAGUUAUUCAGUACAAACAUUUGUACAGGUACAGAUGGAAAAAAUCAGUGAACUGGAGGAGGAAGUGAGGAAUCUAACAAGACAGGACUCAUGUGACAAAGAACAGAGUCCAGACAGUCUGAGGAUUGUUCUGAUCGGGAAGACCGGCAGUGGAAAGAGUUCUUCAGGAAACACCAUCCUGGGAAGAAAAGAGUUUAAAGCUGAAUUAAAUUCAAAUUCAGUCACCAAAAUUUGUCAGAAAGCUCAGGGUGAAGUAGACGGUCGUCCAGUUUUUGUGGUGGACACUCCUGGUCUGUUUGACACAAAUCUGUCAAACAAAGAGGUUAAUGAAGAGAUGGUGAAAUGCAUCAGUCUGCUGGCUCCAGGACCGCAUGUCUUCCUGCUGGUGAUCCAGAUCGGACGAUUUACAAAAGAAGAAAUCAAAACACUGAAACUCAUCAAGGAAAAUUUUGGAGAAAAAUCUGAACUGUUCACCAUCAUUCUCUUCACAAGAGGAGAUGAUCUGCAACACGGUGGAAAAACGAUUGAACGGUAUAUUGAAGAGAGUUCAAAUUCACUGCAGAAACUGAUUAGAGACUGUGGAGGAAGAUACCAUGUGUUCAAUAACUAUGAUAGAAACAACCGACAACAGGUGAGUGAGCUGAUAACAAAGAUCGACUCAAUGGUGAAGAACAAUGGAGGCAGCUGCUUCAGCAAUGAGAUGCUGGAAGAAGCCGAAGCAGCGAUUAGGAAAGAAAUGGAGAGAAUCCUGAAGGAGAAAGAAGAAGAAAUCAGGAAAGAAAAGGAGGAGCUUAAAAGAAAACAUGAAGAAGAAAAGCAAGAAAUGUCAAGAAAAAUGGAAGAAAAGAUGAAAAAACUACAACAGGAAAGUGAACGGAAACUUCAAGAAAUGAAUGAAAAUAUUAAGAAAGAGCGCGAACAACAACAGAAAGAACAAGAAGAAAGAGAAAAGAUGAACAAGGAAAGAGAGGAGAAAGAAGAACGACAAAGAGAAGCUUUAAAAAAGCAAAUAGAAGAGUUGGACAAAGAAAUUCAGUCCGCAAUAGAAGAACAGAAAACUGAACUGGAGAAGGAGAGAAAUGAAAAGCAAAGAAAUCAAGAAGUCUGGGAGAAGGAACGGAGAGAAUGGUGGGAAAAAAAGAAACGAGAAGAAGAAAAGAGAGAACGGGAAGAACAAAAACGACUAAAGAAACUUGAGGAACAGUUAGAGAUGGAAAGGGAAAAGUAUGAACAGAAAAGCAAAGAUGAGAUUCAGAUCAGAAAAGAGUUGGAAGAAAAAGAAAAGAAAUAUAAGAAAGAACUGGAAGAUAAAGAAAAGAAGAACAAGGAAAUAAAGGAGAAGGAAGAACUUCAAAGAGAGAAUUUAAAAAAGCAAAUAGAAGAGUUGGACAAAGAAAUUCAGUCAGCAAAAGAAGAACAGAAAACAGAACUGGAGAAGGAGAGAAAGGAAAAGCAAAUAAGUCAAGCAGCCUGGGAGAAGGAAAGGAGGGAAUGGUGGGAAAAACAGAAACAAGAAGAAGAAAAGAGAGAACAGGAAGAACAAAAACGACUUAAGGAACUUGAGGAACAGUUAGAGAUGGAAAGAAAAAGGUAUGAUCAGAAAACUGAGGAGGAGAUUCAGAUCAGAAAAGAGUUGGAAGAAAAUGAAAAAAAAUAUAAAGAAGAUACAGAGAAUCUCCAGAAAAAGUUUGUGGAAAAAGCCAGAAAAAGAGCUGAAGAAAUGAAUAAAUUCAUGUCAAAAUGUGCUAUGGAAAGAGAAAAAAGACAAAAAGAUAUCAGCAACUUAGUGAAGUGUGUGACCAAAAAGAACGAAAAUCUGACAAAAAUACGACAACUGCUGUCAGAACAAGAACAAGAAAUAAAAACAUGUGAAAGUGAGGCAAAAGAAAACCUACAGAAAGAACAUGAAGCUAAAAUUAGUGAUCUGAUACAAGAACUUCUCAACAAAGAGGAAACAAAAUCUUACUGUUGUAUUUUAUAAAACUCCAGUCAAUUCUUUCUGCAUCUUCUAAAGAUGUCUUUCUAUAGAAAAAUGAACCUCUUAAAUUUAGUAAACCAAUCAGAUCAGAGAACGACUCCUGCAUGAAAGAUGAAGCUUCGUCUUUUGGAAAAUAAUUUGUUUAAAAAAUCCAGAAUGAUUAUGACCAGCAAUCACUUCAAUGUUGGUGAAAUCAAACAAUGAACACCAACAGAAGAACUCACAGCUGUUUGAUAAAAAGGUAAGAUGAUUUCUGCUUUCAGUGAGACAAAAACUGAAGAAACAUAAAAGUGUUUGUCAGCGAAACUAGAUGGACCAAAAGAUUCAUUUUGUUUUAAAGCAUCAAGUUUAAACUCUGGAUUCAUGGAAGAAGGUCCAACCCUGAGAACACUUUCAUUUUUUUAUCUUAGGAAUAAAAAUUAUUAAAAGUUCCAGAUUUCUUUCAAAUCAUAUUUGAUUAAAUUAACCUUUUAUGAGUUUUAUAUAAUACUUUUUUCUGUUGCUCAUACUUUCCUUUAGUGGUUCUGAAAUUACUCUGAUUUGUUUCUGCUAGAAUGGUUAUGAAAUCUUUUAAUUAUUAUGUAUCACUAACAUGUUUGUGGUUCUGCCAGCUGAGAUUUGCAUGCUCUCUGAUGGAGAAACAGAACUCAGCAGACAACCACAGUCGACAAAAGACUGGAUCAAGUGUAACACAAAACAUGGUAUCUGUAGACUGUUGAUAUUAGAUAGCAAAAACAGAGUGGAAUAAAAAU